AUGGGUGCCGCAUUUGUACAUUACACCAGUCCAUGCGUGGUACACCAGUCGUGGUUCAAACAGUCUCGCAAGCUCCGCGGCCACGUGUCUGGCGGUUAUGGCCGUGUGGGCAAGCACCGCAAGCAUCCUGGCGGGCGCGGUAACGCCGGUGCUGAGCACCACCACCGUAUCAACAUCCAGCGGUACCAUCCGGGAUACAUUGGCAAGCACGGCAUGCGUCAAUUCCACCGUGUAGCGACGCACCACUUCUGCAAGACACUUAACGUCGUGGAGCUCUGGGGACUCAUGACUGAGGAAGAGCAGAAGCGCUUCCAGGCCUCCGGUGAAACUCCCGUCCUUGACGUUACCCGUGCCGGCUACCGCAAGGUUCUAGGUAACGGACCCGCCCUCACUCGCGCAUUCGUCGUUCGUGCUCGAGAGUUCUCCAAACUCGCCAAAGAGAAAAUCGAGGCCGCCGGCGGCAAAUGCAUUGUCAUCGGCCAGGAUGCUGAAGCCUGCAAGCAACACUAA